AUGCGGACAGUGCAGUUUGGCGAGAACCAGUCAGGAUUCUUACUUGGAUCUAUGGGCAGCUAUAGACACUCGAUCGUUACAUGUGCAACGAAAAACAUGUGUGCUACAUACGGCGACUUUACGAACCACUGCAGUGAAGCAUCCGGCAGCUUCUUACUGGAAUAUAUACCUUCAAGCAUUUUGCGCAAGAAAAGAGCAAUACCAAGCAAUUUUUGCUAUACAACUUGCUUGAUUGGCUUUAGGCAACAGACAUCAAGCUGGGUGUGCUUGUGUGUACCAGAUUCUCGAACCUCCAGAUCGUUCUUGAACAACCCUCCUUCGCGAAGAUCCGGCAAUAACCUGGUAGACCUGCUCUCUUUCGACAAGAGUUCAUGGGACUUUUACAGUGACCUCAGACAGCCAUCUGCCGACUACACAGCAGCUUUCUCCACCAGUGUGUAUGAACUGUUUGUGGAGCAAAGUAAGUUCCUUGCGAGUCUCGAGUUUGACUACGACAUUGGCGAGUCGCAGGAUUGUUUUGUACGGCUUGCUGCAGCUGCCGUCUAUUACAUAAGUGUUGAUGAGCCGCUCCUCACAGCUCAGCAUUUUCGGCUGGCGAGGCAUUUGCUGGAGCAAGACCAUCAACUUGCUGUUUUAGAGACUGUUACGGAGCAUGGUAUCGCGCUGCUAAUCGGCAUGGGGCAUUUGGGAAAGGCAGUCAGCGUGUGCUUACGCUGGAAAUGGUAUACUCUUGGUGGGAAACCUUUUUUCGUCUUCACAACAUGCUUGCACAACUACCAACGCGCAGCAAAGCCCGUAAAGCUUUGGAAAAUUUGCUGCAACUGA